UCAACCUUGCAAUCUGCCAUCAACCUUAACCGAAGAAGCUGGCUAACAACGUUUGAUAGUGGGUAGACCAAGCAAGCUAGUACACUUGUGUAAGGGAGCGACCUUCUGGUUUGGAUUUGUUUAUCUUCUCCCUGUAGUACUGCAGUAAACCAGCACAAUGUUUGCUGUCAGGAGUGCAUUGCGUCUCGGCUUCAGAAUAGCUGCGCCCGCGGUGACGAGACGGGGAUGCGCUUCAUCAGCUAUCCCUGUGGACGACAUUGUCAACGGUCUUACAGAAGAACAGAUCCAGCUCAGAGAGCUGGUGAGGAAGUUCUGUCAAGAGAAGAUUGCACCUGUAGCAGACGAGGUCGAUAAAAGCAAUGAGUUUUCAGGCAUGCGAACCUUCUGGAAGGAGAUGGGUGAACUUGGACUCCUUGGAAUCACUGCCCCUAUGGAACUUGGCGGGACAGGGUUGGGCUAUCUGGAACACGUGAUUGUGUUGGAGGAGAUUUCUCGUGUGUCAGCAGCGAUUGGCCUCAGCUAUGGAGCACACUCCAACCUGUGUGUCAAUCAGAUGGUGCGACAUGGCAACCAGAAACAGAAGGAGAAGUACAUGCCCAAGCUUAUGACGGGAGAGCAUGUAGGAGCCCUGGCAAUGAGCGAGCCCAAUGCUGGCUCUGACGUGGUCAGCAUGAAGCUGAGGGCCAAAAAGGAAGGGGAUCACUAUGUACUGAAUGGAAACAAGUUCUGGAUCACUAAUGGGCCGGACGCAGACGUUCUGAUUGUAUAUGCCAAGACAGACCCUGAGGCUGUGGCCAGAGGAAUCACAGCGUUCAUUGUAGAGAAGGGUAUGCCAGGGUUUAGUACAGCCCAGAAGCUGGACAAGCUGGGGAUGAGGGGCUCCAACACUUGUGAACUGGUUUUUGAAGACUGUAAGAUCCCAGAGGAGAACGUUCUCGGCCCUCUGAACAAGGGUGUUUAUGUGAUGAUGAGUGGGCUGGACCUGGAGAGAUUGGUGCUAGCAGCGGGACCUAUCGGCAUUAUGCAGUCAGUGCUGGACUUUUCCAUACCCUACCUGCAUGUGAGAGAAGCCUUCGGACAGAAAAUUGGACAUUUCCAGUUAAUGCAGGGCAAGAUGGCAGACAUGUAUACACGGCUUAGUGCUUGUCGACAGUAUGUCUACAAUGUGGCUCGAGCCUGUGACAAAGGUCACGCCAGCGCUAUGGACUGUGCCGGGGUGAUCCUCUACUGUGCUGAGAAUGCCACUCAGGUGGCGCUGGACGGUAUUCAGUGUUUAGGUGGUAACGGCUACAUCAACGAUUACCCCAUGGGCCGUUUCCUUCGGGAUGCCAAGCUGUACGAGAUAGGGGCAGGUACUAGCGAAGUGCGAAGACUCAUCAUUGGUCGAGCCUUCAAUGCCAUGUAUAAGUAGACUGACAUUGGCUGGAUUGGUUGGCCCUGGGAAAAACUCAGACUGGCAAGACCACUAGAUACAGUACCCAGAGACAGACACACACACACACACACACCCAAAGGCCUUACAUGCUUACUGCUGUGUUGAUGGAUGUUUCCUGAAAUGUUCAAAGCACUUAGAUGAUAUGAUAUCCACUGUUAUCCUUUAAAUGUUGGUAGCGGGGGAUGAGUAUUAUCCAUAUCCUUAUGGAGUUUCAUGCACACCUGAAGGGUUCAUUUCCUUAUACUUGAGAAGAUCCUGCUGAGAUGAACCUGAACCCCAGAGGCUAAGUGUUUGAAGGGCUAUCUGAAUUGUUAUAAUAUAACUAGUGAAUAAUAAUAGAAAAUAUGGUGUAAAAUAUAUGAUCAUUUCUUUGUGUCUCCGUUUUGUCAGUGUAUUCUAUUCUGCAGGGACAUGUACCUGUUAAUGGAUGAAUCCAGUAAUAUAAAGGUUUCUGAUUGUAAAUAUUACUGCAGACUGAUCAGCCAGCUUAUAACUGUAAAAAUAAUACAUUCUAAAAGCUGCUUUUUGAAAGACAGUGAAUCCCUGUUCAGUUGUCAUGUUCUAAUUGUGUCCAGAUGCAGUAAGGACUAAAUCUUUGAUCGUUGAUAUUUAAACACCCACUCAGCGAUUCUGCCACUUCUGGUGUGUCUGGGUAAAUAAAAAAUGUAGUACUUGGUCCGUUUCUGACUAAUACAAUUCAUAUUCUAUAAAAUCAGGUUUCUUUGAUUUUAGAAGCAAAUACUGAACCAUUAAACCCAUGGAAAACUGCCUUACAAUGGAGGGAAGUCCUUGAAUCCCACACAUUUUAAUAAUUCAGAUAUAGUUUUUUUUUUUUUUUACCUUGAUGUAUCUAUGAAAGUUUGAUUUAUUUCUUGUGUAGAAUAAAAGGAUUGCAUUCUG